AUGGUUGCUAAGCCUUCGUACGUUUUGCUGACACAUCCUGAUUGCAUAGAGGCUAGCGCUACUUGCGAUUCACCGUCAGAGCGUAUUUUGGACUGUAAUUUUGCUCCUGGAAUUAAUGAAGAAGUUGUCGCAGCCGUCCCUAGCAUCGACUUGCACCGCGUUCCUCUUGAAUUGCUGCAGUUUGUUUCUAGGCCAACUAUAUUGCAUGGCAAAACUUUCAGGUACAUUUUGUCAAUAAAAUUCACUUUUAGACAAAUGAAUGAUGCUUUUUAUCGGUCACGCUGA